UAUUCAUUAUUAAUAUUAUAGAAUAAAAACACAAGCUUAAUGAGGGUAGAAAAGAAACUCAAAUUUAAAACUACCCGCGGGUCUCUUUACGGUAAAGCUUCCUCCUUAUUAACCAAGCUCAAAAUAAGCGCAAAACUUUGCUCAACUUCACUUCAAAGAUGUCACGUUACGACAAUAUGUCAGACUCCGACGUCGAAAUUAAAAGAAUACCUCCAAUGAAGCCCGUCAAAAAACCACCGAACAGCCCAACAGAAGAGUUACUUAAAGCUCACGAAAAAAAGGUCACCACCAAAGCGAUGAUCCACGAAGCUUUAAGCGAACUUAAAACGAGAAAAGGAGUUUCAAUACAAGCUAUCAAGAAGUACAUGGAAGAAAAAUAUUACGUUAAAACGGAUAAAGUCAAGUAUCUGAUCAAAAAAGCCUUGAAAAGUGGUGUUGAAGAUGGCAGUAUAGUGCAACUGAAGGGAAUAGGAGCGUCCGGAUCCUUCAAGUUGGCACCUGUUAAAGAAAAAACUAAGAAGAAACCAAAAACGCAGAAAGAAAAACCUAAAAAUGAGAAGACUACUAAAGAGAAAUCUAAAGAAAAACCAACGAAGGAUAAAAAAGAGAAAAUGGUAAAGGAAAAAGCGAAGAUAGAUAAAAUGAAGGCUGUGAAAAAAGUCAAAAUUGAUGUAAAAGAUAAGGAAAAGAAGACAGAAAAACCGAAAGAUAAGAAGAAAGCUGAUUUGAAGGAGAAGAAAACUAAAACGGCAGCCACGCCAGCUAAGAAGAAAGCAACCAUGAUGAAGAGGAAAAGCAUAGGAUCUAUCAUUAAAGCACCCAGGAUGAAGCCGAAAUUAAAAGCUUAGUGACUUUUGAAUAUUAAGAAAGCAUCAAGGACAGCUGGAUGAAGAAACAUCUAGAAAUGGAUUAUUUUCUAGAACUAAUUCCGACGAUUUUUUUAUAUGUUUUGAGUUUGCUUUCAUCAAGACGAAGGCGAAUGUUUGAAUUUGAAUGUAGUGCAAUGCGAAUUACUAUUAAAAUCUUGUUGUAAUAUUCAAUAUGUAAAAAAAAUAUAGUAAACUUAAUAUUUAAUGACUUUAAUAGCGAUUAUGUACCUAUAUUUAACUGCUUUAUGUUGUGUAAGAUUGUGCAAUAUUGCAAUACGAAUUAGUAUAAAAAAGUACAAUGCGAUUGUUAAUUUGAAUGUUGAAUGCUAAUUUUUGUAUAUGUUUUGAAUGUUGAUCAAUGCUAAUUUUAAAUAUAUCUCGAUAAGUGUAUCGCAGUGUAAAUAAAAGAUUAUAAUGCACAAAA